GCGCCUAGGAAAGCCCCGCGCGGUGCCGGCCAGGGCAGGGCCGCCCAGGGGUCCCCCACUUCCCGCUCGGGCUCCCGGACGGCGAAUGGAGCAGGGGCGCGCAGUUGCUGCUUCACCAUUGGCGUUUGGAGAUUUUGCAGAUGAUAAAAUCCCCAGGACUUUUCUGCUGCUCCGUCAGAUUUUCUUAUCCUACACUUGCGGAACUGUUGUUUGAAAUUGACAAGCAGGAUGGCCAGCUCUGCCCCGCUCAUUUCAUUUCAUCUUACUGGGUUCAGCCUGCAGUUUUAGGAGAUGAGGUUGAAGGAACUGGUAUACUGGAAUCCACGGUGGGCUCAGAAGCAAACAAAUGUGGGUUCUGAUUCUAGCUCUGAGCUUUUACCAGCUGUGGGUCCUGGUGGAUGGGUUAUUUCACCUCUUUGGCCUCGGUUUCCUUAGCUAGACAGUUGGGCUAACAGCCUACCUUUCAGCAUUCUUGUGUGGAUUCGGUGAGGUAAUACUUCUAAAGCACCUAGCAAAGCGUCAAGUACAAGGUGCCUUGUCAUCUCCCAAUGGGGUGGCUUUGCUCUGGGCUCCUGUUCCCUGUGAGCUGCUUGGUCCUGCUGCAGGUGGCAAGCUCUGGGAGCAUGAAGGUCCUGCAGGAGCCCACCUGCGUCUCCGACUACAUGAGCAUCUCUACCUGUGAGUGGAAGAUGGGCGGUCCCACCAAUUGCAGCGCCGAGCUCCGUCUGUUGUACCAGCUGGUUUUUCAGUCCUCCGAAACCCACACGUGUGUCCCCGAGAACAACGGCGGUGUGGGGUGCGUGUGCCACCUGCUCAUGGAUGAUGUGGUCAGUAUGGACAACUAUACGCUGGACCUGUGGGCUGGGCAGCAGCUGCUGUGGAAGGGCUCCUUCAAGCCCAGCGAGCAUGUGAAACCCAGGGCCCCAGGAAACCUCACGGUUCACACCAAUGUCUCCGACACUGUGCUGCUGACCUGGAGCAACCCGUAUCCCCCUGACAAUUACCUGUAUAAUGAUCUCACCUAUGCAGUCAACAUUUGGAGUGAAAACAACCCGGCAGAUUCCAGAAUCCAUAACGUGACCUACCUAAAACCCACCCUCCGCAUCCCAGCCAGCACCCUGAAGUCUGGAAUUUCCUACAGGGCACGGGUGAGGGCCUGGGCUCAGCACUAUAACACCACCUGGAGUGAGUGGAGCCCCAGCACCAAGUGGUACAACUCCUACAGGGAGCCCUUCGAGCAGCGCCUCCUGUGGGGUGUCAGCGCCGCCUGCGUUUUCAUCCUGUUCUUCUGCGUGUCAUGCUAUUUCAGCGUCACCAAGAUCAAGAAAGCAUGGUGGGACCAGAUUCCCAACCCAGCCCGCAGCCACCUCGUGGCUAUAAUAAUCCAGGAUGCUCAGGAGUCACAGUGGGAGAAGCGAUCCCGAGGCCAGGAAGCAGCCAAGUGCCCAUACUGGAAGAAUUGUCUUACCAAGCUCUUGCCCUGUUUUCUGGAGCACAACAUGAAAAGGGAUGAGGAUCCCCACAAGGCUGUCAAAGAUCUGCCUUUCCAGGGCUCCGGAAAAUCAGCAUGGUGCCCGGUGGAGAUCAGCAAGACAGUCCUCUGGCCAGAGAGCAUCAGCGUGGUGCGAUGCGUGGAGUUGUUUGAGGCUCCAGUGGAGUGUAAGGAGGAGGAGGAGGUAGAGGAAGAAAAAGAGAGCUUCUGUGCAUCAUCUGAGAGCAACAGGGAUGACUUCCAGGAGGGAAGGGAGAGUAUUGUGGCCCGGCUAACAGAGAGCCUGUUCCUGGACCUGCUCGGAGGGGAGAAUGGGGGCUUUUGCCAGCAGGACAUGGGGGAGUCGUGCCUUCUUCCACCUUUGGGAAGCACGAGUGCUCACGUGCCCUGGGAUGAGUUCCCAAGUGCAGGGCCCAAGGAGGUGCCUCCCUGGGGCAAGGAGCAGCCUCUCCACCAGGAGCCGAGUCCUCCUGCCAGCCCAACGCAGAGCCCAGACAACCCGACUUGCACAGAGAUGCCCCUCGUCAUCUCAAGCAACCCUGCUUACCGCAGCUUCAGCAACUCCCUGAGCCAGUCCCCAUGUCCCAGAGAGCUGGGUCCAGACCCGCUGCUGGCCAGACAUCUGGAGGAAGUGGACCCUGAGAUGCCCUGUGCCCCCCAGCUCUCUGAGCCAACCACUGUGGCCCCAGCUGAGCCAGAAACCUGGGAGCAGAUCCUCCGUCGGAAUGUCCUCCAGCACGGGGCGGCUGCAGCCCCCGCCUCGGCCCCCACCAGUGGCUAUCGGGAGUUUGUACAUGCGGUGCAGCAGGGUGGCAUCCAGGCCAGUGCGGUGGCGGGCUUGGGUCCCCCGGGAGAGGCUGGGUACAAGGCCUUCUCAAGCCUGCUUGCCAGCAGUGCCGUGUCCCCGGGGGAAUGUGGAUUUGGGGCUAGCAGUGGGGAAGAGGGGUAUAAGCCUUUCCAAGACCUCACUCCUGGCUGCCCCGGGGACCCUGCCCCAGUCCCUGUCCCCUUGUUCACCUUUGGACUGGACAGGGAGCCACCUCACAGCCUGCAGAGCUCACACCUCCCAAGCAGCUCCCCAGAGCACCUGGGUCUGGAACCAGGGGAAAAAGUAGAGGACAUGCAGAAGCCCCCACUCCCCCCGGAGCAGGCCACAGACCCCCUUGGGGACAGCCUGGGCAGUGGCAUCGUCUACUCAGCCCUCACCUGCCACCUGUGCGGCCACCUGAAGCAGUGUCAUGGCCAGGAGGAUGGUGGCCAGGCCCCUGUCGUGGCCAGUCCCUGCUGUGGCUGCUGCUGUGGAGACAGGUCCUCGCCCCCUACAACCCCCCUGAGGGCCCCAGACCCCUCUUUAGGUGGGGUUCCACUGGAGGCCAGCCUCUGUCCGGCCUCCCUGGCACCCUCGGGCAUCUCAGAGAAGAGUAAAUCCUCAUUGUCCUUCCAUCCUGCCCCCGGCAGUGCUCAGAGCUCAAGCCAGACUCCCCAGAUCGUGAACUUUGUCUCCGUGGGUCCCACAUGCAUGAGGGUCUCUUAGGUGCGUGCCCUCUUGUUGCUGAGGUCUGCAGAUAAGGACUAGGGCUUAUCCAUGCCUGGGAAAUGCCACCUCUUGGAAGGCAGCCAGGCUGGCAGAUUUCCAAAAGACUUGAAGAAAUGUGCUAUGAAGGUGUUAGGUUCCACUGACAUUGGCCUAACACCGGGUUGCAGAGACUGGACUCCGCCCAGCAUUGGGCUGGGCUCGCCACAUCCAAUGAGAGGAGAGGGCACUGGGUCGCUGUGCCCCACGGCAGGCCCCUGCAGGAAAACUGAGAUCCUUGGGCACCUCGACUUGUGAACAAGUUGUUGGCUGCUCCAUCCACAACUUCUGUAGCAGACUGUCCCUGUUGUACCUGCCCAGGGCAUGUUUUGCCCGCCAAAUCACCAUGGCCCACAUAGAGGCCCACCUGCCUCUGUCUCACUGAACUAGAAGCUGAGCCUGGAAACUAACACAGCCAUCAAGGGAAUGACUUGGGCGGCCUUGGGAAAUCAAUGAGAAAUUGCAGUUCAGGGAAGGUGCUCAUUGCCUAGAGGUGCUCUUUCAUUGAACAGAGCUUCCUUAGGUUGAUGCUGGAGGCAGAAUCCCGGCUCUCAAGGGGUAUUCGGUUAAGGGGAGCAGCAGAGGACAUGAAAAAUUGCGAUGACUAGAGCAGGGACGAUUUGCUGCCAAAUACCCAUGCACAGCUGUAUGGCUGGGGGCUCCUCGCAUGCAUGGGACCCCCAGAAUGAAUAUGCUCAGCUACCCUGUGGGCCGAGCAAUCCAGGCAGCAGGCAUAAGGCACCGGUUACCCUGCACGUUGGCCCAGACCUCAGGUGCUAGGGAAGGCGGGGACCUUGGCUUGAGUAAUGCUCAUCUGUGUGUUUUAAAGAUAGUUUCAUCACCCGUUGUCUGUGUGUGCUGAGGAGAGUGGAACAGAAGGGGUGGAGUUUUGAAUAAAUAAAGUUUCUUUGUCUCUUUA